CGCAGCGCAGUCCCACGAGAGUAGGACCACUAUCGGCCACCGUCGACCGUUUCCUCUCUCAUCCGUUCUUUUUUUCGUAUUUCCGCCUCUCGCUUCUCUCUAAAACCCGCAGUUAGAGGCGAGACUUAGGAAAAACCUCUGCCGAGUGAGCCUCUGGUUGGGAAUAUGUAUGAGAAAAAAAAAACUGGCAAGGCGUUAGUCAAGCAAAGCUGAAGACAGAGGAAAUUUGAUAUCUGGCUGGAGUCUAGAGGAUUUAAUGCAAAUAAGAUAUUCUGAGGGCAGCGUGGCAAAAAAAGACUACAAUUCCCGGUGGUCACAGCGUUUGAGAAGCGAUGCUUUCUGAGACUUCUAGUUAACUAGGAGCUGUGUUUGAACUAUCCAGGCUCAGGACAGCCUCUUGAAAAAAAAUUUUUUAUUAAUAAAGUGGAUUUCAGUGGGAUCUUUUUCCUAAUCGAUUACGGGUCCACACGUAUGGGAAGAAUUCUAACAAUGAUUAAAGGGACAUGCUACCUUUAAGACUAUGCUUUUCUAAUCGAUGACUCCUAAAUCUAGGAGUAGGUAGUCGAUGUUUGUGGUCUGGGAGUCUGUAGAAGGGCAACCGCGUGCUUUCUGCGGAGGAGACCGGAGGACAGAAAGCAGAGUCCAGGCUUAGACUGUAGCUCCUCGCUUACCUGUGCAGUCUAAUUUUGAGCUGCCUCUUUGUAGUUCUAAAAGGCAGGAGCUCCGUGUUGUGGGUCUGCUAACCCGUACGUUUCCGUGGGCAAGUCGCGUGUAUUCCUCGCCAUGGCUCAGCUCCAAACACGCUUCUACACUGAUAACAAGAAAUAUGCCAUAGAUGAUGUUCCCUUCUCAAUCCCUGCUGCCUCUGAAAUUGCUGACCUUAGUAACAUCAUCAAUAAACUACUAAAGGACAAAAAUGAGUUCCACAAACAUGUGGAGUUUGAUUUCCUUAUUAAGGGCCAGUUUCUGCGAAUGCCCUUGGACAAACACAUGGAAAUGGAGAACAUCUCAUCAGAAGAAGUUGUGGAAAUAGAAUAUGUGGAGAAGUAUACUGCACCCCAGCCAGAGCAAUGCAUGUUCCAUGAUGACUGGAUCAGUUCAAUUAAAGGGGCAGAGGAAUGGAUCUUGACUGGUUCUUAUGAUAAGACUUCUCGGAUCUGGUCCUUGGAAGGAAAGUCAAUAAUGACAAUUGUGGGACAUACGGAUGUUGUAAAAGAUGUGGCCUGGGUGAAAAAAGAUAGUUUGUCCUGCUUAUUAUUGAGUGCCUCUAUGGAUCAGACUAUUCUCUUAUGGGAGUGGAAUGUAGAGAGAAACAAAGUGAAAGCCCUACACUGCUGUAGAGGUCAUGCUGGAAGUGUAGAUUCUAUAGCUGUUGAUGGCUCAGGAACUAAAUUUUGCAGUGGCUCCUGGGAUAAGAUGCUAAAGAUCUGGUCUACAGUCCCUACAGAUGAAGAAGAUGAAAUGGAGGAGUCCACAAAUCGACCAAGAAAGAAACAGAAGACAGAACAGUUGGGACUAACAAGGACUCCCGUAGUGACCCUCUCUGGCCACAUGGAAGCAGUUUCCUCAGUUCUGUGGUCAGAUGCUGAAGAAAUCUGCAGUGCAUCUUGGGACCAUACAAUUAGAGUGUGGGAUGUUGAGUCUGGCAGUCUUAAGUCAACUUUGACAGGAAAUAAAGUGUUUAAUUGUAUUUCCUAUUCUCCACUUUGUAAACGUUUAGCAUCUGGAAGCACAGAUAGGCAUAUCAGAUUGUGGGAUCCCCGAACUAAAGAUGGUUCUUUGGUGUCGCUGUCCCUAACCUCACAUACCGGUUGGGUGACAUCAGUAAAAUGGUCUCCUACCCAUGAACAGCAGCUGAUUUCAGGAUCUUUAGAUAACAUUGUUAAGCUGUGGGAUACAAGAAGUUGUAAGGCUCCUCUCUAUGAUCUGGCUGCUCAUGAAGACAAAGUUCUGAGUGUCGACUGGACAGACACAGGGCUACUUCUGAGUGGAGGAGCAGACAAUAAAUUGUAUUCCUACAGAUAUUCACCUACCACUUCCCAUGUUGGGGCAUGAAAGUGAACAGUAAUUUGGCUGGGCGCGGUGGCUCACGCCUGUAAUCCCAGCACUUUGGGAGGCCGAGGCGGACGAAUCACCUGAGUCAGGAGUUUGAGACCAGCCUGGCCAGCAUGGUGAAACUCCGUCUCUACUAAAAAUACAAAAAUUAGCUGGGCAUGGUGGCAGGUGCCUAUAAUCCCAGCUACUCGGGAAGCUGAGGCAGGAGAAUCGCUUGAACCCGGGAGGCAGAGGUUGCAGCGAGCCGAGAUUGUACCACUGCACUCCAGCCUGAGUGACAGAGCGAGUCUCCGUCUCAAAAAAAAAAAAAAAAAAGAAAGAAAGAAAGUGAACAAUAAUUUGACUAUAGAGAUUAUUUCUGUAAAUGAAAUUACAUAGAUGCAGAAAGCAGCCUUUUGAAGUUUAUAUAAUGUUUUCACCCUUCAUAACAGCUAAUGUAUCACUUUUUCUUAUUUUGUAUUUAUAAUAAGAUAGGUUGUCUUUAUAAAUUACAAACUGUGGCAUGCAUUCUCUAUACAAACUUGAAAUUAAACUGAGUUUUACAUUUCUCUUUAAA